GAAUGUGCAGCCGCCACAGAGAGAGGGAUGAUUUCCCAGUCCCCAAUCAAUCACACAGUGAAGUUAAUUUCUUAAUGCGCACGUGAAAAUUCACACACACAAACACAGCGGGUAGGGAGAAAGAAAGAGGACACAGCUAACAACUCAGGAUUUGCGAACUUCGGUCGUGCCAACAGACUAGUCACAGAUUGAGUCUGUUGUAACAGAGUAAUCACAGAUUGAGUCUGUUGUACAGCCAAAUGUGAAGCGCUGAAAGGUCCCCUAGCUCACUGUGAAAAGCAAUCAGUCGAGCCGUUGCUAGGCAAAAAAUAGAAAACUCCGGGCUGCGUUCAUAUCCGGCCAGCAUGUCACUGUACACGCCACGGUCCAGGAGCUGGCUGCUCUUAUCUGUACAUCCUGUUACGCAAUGCAGUAUAAAAUGAAACUAAUGUGUGUCUUAGCACACUUUUCCUUCUCUACAGUCCUGUAGUCGAAGUCUGGGUGGUGGUUCUAAAAGUUGUUGAUAGAAUGGGUCAAAGUUCAUAUUCUCUGUUGUGUAAGAAGAAAGAAAUUCGAAUUUUAAUAAACGGACUAGAUGCAGCUGGCAAAACAACUGUGUUAUAUAGAAUGAAGAUGGGUGAAACUGUAACCACUAUUCCAACAAUUGGUUUCAAUGUAGAAACUGUGAAUUACAAAAAUCUACAUUUAACAGUGUGGGAUAUAGGAGGAAGAGACAAAAUGAGGCCUUUGAUACGUCACUACUACCCUGGCACAGAUGCACUCAUAUUUGUUGUGGACAGUGGCGACAGAGAACGUCUUUCCUAUGUUACUGAAGAGUUGCACAAUAUUCUGCGUGAAUAUGAACUCGAAGGUGUUCCUGUUGCAAUUAUGGCCAACAAACAGGAUCUUGCCAACUGCAUGACUGUUGAAGAGAUUUCAAAGGCACUUCGAAUUUCCGAUGAACAGAAACGUAGAGAUAUCACAGCUUUUGCAACAUGUGCUGCGACGGGUGACGGACUGUCAGAGACUCUAGAGUGGCUUGAUGAUCAGCUUGCUGCAAAGCAAGCCAAGCAUGCAGUAAUCAAGCCACUUAUAAAUGCUGUACCAAGCAGUGUUGCCAGAUUUUCAGGUUCAGUUUCCGAGGCUGUGAAAGACACCUUUGCUUACAUGAUGGCUUGGUUUUCUGCUCCGUCCUCAAACGAAGGCUCAUAGCACUUAUGAACUGUUUCUUUUUUCUACCUCAUGCUUUAUGUUACAAAUAUUAAAGCAGUGUUAGUAAGUACUCUUUCAGAUGGUAAUUCUGUUCAACCUACAAACAUCUGCAUAUGUGUUUAUUUGCAAGUACAUUUGUGUGCUUGUGCACAAACACAUAUACACACAAAUACAUGGAGCAGCAGAUCCAAAUUAACUGAGGCAAUCAAGCCCCAUGUCAGUACGCCAUUGCAUUUAAAUUUUGUGGCUCAAUCUAGUUUUCUGUUAUUAUGCACUCUACUCUGUCAUGUCUUAGUGGAGACUUGAUCAAGUCCAAUGUUAAUAUUUACCAUGUAGUUAAAUAUCCACAAAGAUUUAAUCACAAUAAUCCCCUAAUCCAUUAUACCGAUUUAUUAGUAAUUUGAUCAUUUGUGAUAAAAUGGUUUAAUGGCAAGGUAAUUAUUUAAUGUAGGUGCAGAGAUGGAAUGACUACACUAGAAAUAGACAUUUCAAGUAUUGGUACAAUGCACAGACUGUUCAAUAUAAAGUGGAUACCUUUUCUACAACUGACGCACAUCUGCCACUCAAGAAAACAAAAAGAAGUCAUGUAUUCACAUGAAUUCAUUGUUUAACAAAUGCAAGCUAACAUAAUUUGUCCUAUUUUUGCAUGUAAUAAAUUUGUGAAAAUGUUUUAUUUCCAAUUAUGUCUUCAUUAAAUGCAGUUUUAAAAGUUUGGGAUGUGGUGAAAAGUACAUAUACCUAAAAUGUAUAACUGCACACAAAAAAACUUCUAAAUGUACACUUUAACCAGGUAACAAUUUUCAGAAUAGCUCACAAAUCACCAUCCUAUUAUUCUUGAAGGAAUACUUCUUAUGAUGCUCCCCAAACGCAUGUCACUUGUAAAAUCUUGUCAUCUAUCUUAAUCAGUGGUUAGCAGAGCAAAACUUCUUAUACUUUGCCACCUGGGAAAUAUCUCCCUUGCUCACCACUUGAAGCACUUAUUAAUGAUAUCAGUAAUUAUACAUUAAUGAUAUACGGCAGUUAUAUUAGAAAUGUUUAUUUGAAGUGUUUUUUAUGAUAGUUUAAACUCAAGAUUUAAAUACUCUGUAAAUCAAUCAUUCAUACUGUUUUACUGGGAUUCAAUGUAAUUGUUUAAAUAACUAGUGUUAUAAAACAAUUUUGAUGAGAUUUGCCAUUAGUAUGUCUUUUAAAUGGAUCAACAUAGUGCUGUGCAUUGUGAUACUGUGAGCAAAAUGUAUUCAUAAUGUGGAAAUGCCGAGAGAACACGGGGGAUUUUGUUUUUAAAUCCUCUACCUCAUGUUUUUUUCAUUCACAAGAGUAACUGCAAUACUGGUAAUAUUCAAAUGCUUUCACAAACCAAAAUUGUAAAGACUGCUUCAGUAAAUAAAGCGCUUAUCGAAAAGAA